AUGCCAGCACCCAAACCAAAAAGUAGUUCUCGACAGAACAGCAGUUCUAAUCCAGGCUCUACCCAAGGCAAAGCUUCCUACAAACCAACAAGAUCAACGUCUUUUUGUCCAGACCCCAUUCGAGAGGACCCUUCUGACCGCAGUGAUCAAGCCCCAAAAACACAAAUUAUGAAGAAACCUCUACGAGCUUCCCCAGAGCCAAUGAAUCCAGACGCCCCAGGCCAAGUACUAGCGGAAAAGGCAAAGAAACGGAAGAAUCCAGCUCUUACGAAAAAGUAA